AUGGAGGACUCACCGCCGGAUGACGGGAACUGCGCCCACAACAACGCUGGCGACUGGUGGCUGACGUGUGAAGACUCGCGGAGCCGCAGAAACUCCAUCCCCCCGGCAAAGACUCCCACGGCCAAGCACAUGUUGGCUUAUCUCCCUCGUCCCCCCACAGACACCAGCAGAUAUGGGACCUUUCCCCAGAAGCCUGAAAUGGUGGCCAUUCCUAUGGGCCUCCUAGAGGACAGCCACCCGCAAAUGGAAGCCACGACCACAAAGAAAAGUGCCCUGACCUGCAACUACGUUUCCGUGUCCUGCAGCUCACACAUACCCAACAACCGGUCAGUCCUUCUCCAGAGGGCACAAAGCACAGUGGAGCCAACCACUUACGGGACAGUCGUGCCAACCAAACACCGCCCCAGCGUCUCCAUCAAUACGGACGAGUUGCCUAAAUACCACCGGACCUCCAAAACUGAGCCAUCGCCAUCUACGCUCUGGCGGGACUUCAACACCCAGUUUUAUCCACAGCACGCUCUCAGCGCACCGAACAUCAUCAGCUCUUCGCGGAGCAAAACCCCGACCCGCAGUGUCGUCUCUGUACCCAACUCGGACAAAGGGCAGAGUCGGCGCUGCAAACUCAUGGAUGAUGACCGGCAAUUUAGUUUGGGCAACAAGCAGCAGCGGCAGCGCUACGUCACCAAAGUGGGCAAGUGCCAGGUGAACUUGGGCAACAUUCAGGAAAAGAAGAGGUUCCUGUCGGACAUCUUCACCACCAUUGUGGAUCUCAAGUAUCGCUGGUUCCUCUUUGUCUUCAGCAUGUGCUACAUCACCACCUGGGUGCUCUUUGGCAUUAUCUAUUUCGUGGACGCCUGGAUAAGGGACGACGUCAACCACAUAGGGGACACCGAGUGGAAGGCUUGCAUCGAGAACAUCGAUAGCUUCAUCUCUGCCUUACUGUUCUCCGUGGAGAGUCAACGGACUAUUGGCUACGGCUCUCGGAUCGUGACGGCCAACUGCACGGAGGGGGUCAUCUUGCUCAUGGCCCAGUCCAUCAUCGGCUCCAUGAUCGACGCCCUCAUGGUGGGGUGCAUGUUUGUGAAGAUCUCCAGACCCAAGAAGCGUGCCCAGACCUUGAUAUUCAGCAAGAAAUGCGUCAUCUCCCACCGGGACGAGAAGCUCUGCCUGAUGUUCCGCAUUGGUGACCUGCGGGACAGUCACAUGGUGGACGCCAAAAUCAGAGCCAAGCUGAUUAAGUCCAGGCAGACGAAGGAAGGGGAAUUCAUCCCGCUGGAGCAGUCGGAGCUGAACCUGGGCUACGACACGGGAGAGGACCGCCUCUUCCUCGUGGAGCCACAGAUCAUUUGCCACAUCAUCAAUGACCUCAGCCCCUUCUGGGAGAUGUCCGCGGAAGCACUGAAGAGGGAGCAGUUCGAAAUCAUCGUCAUUCUGGAAGGCAUCGUGGAAGCUACAGGGAUGACGUGUCAAGCCCGGACGUCGUACACCGAAGACGAGAUCCUCUGGGGCCACCGCUUCGAGCCCUGCAUGUCCCUGGAGAAAGGAGCCUUCCGGGUUGACUACUCUCGAUUUGAGAAGACCUUUGAAGUCCAGACACCGGCGGCCAGCGCACGAGAAAUGCACGAGAUGAAGGCAAUGGAGACGCAGGACCAAUCGACGCUCAGCUUGUACUGGGACCAUCUGGUGCAGCCUUGCCUUUCGGCGGAGCUCAACCAUGAAACCCGGCACGGGGACGGCCCCGGCGAGGAGGGCCUCUCCAAACUCUACUUCCCCAACAUCACGGAGGAAGAGAGGAGCAGCGAAUUCCAGAACCAGGAGGCCAAUGUUUAA